CCCAGUGCCCAGCAGGAGCACGACAUGCUCAUCCUGGACGCCCUGUCGCGGCGCAGUGGAACCGGAUACUAUGGCGAGAAUAGCGUGAUGGAGAUGCUUUCCCGAAUGAUACCGCAAUCAUGCCGCUUUCGUGGCCACAAAUUCGAGUGCGGCCUGUCCAUCUCAUGUGUCUUGGGCGGCGGCAAGCCGCUGGAUCUCUGCUCCGGCGGCAUGAUCUGGUCGUGUUGCGUGGACAAAGAUCUCGAUGCGGAGGAGAGUCCGCAUGCAGCUCCGGUCAACAACACGAGCUGCGGUGAGGUCUACACUCGUUCCAAUCGCAUUGUGGGCGGACACUCUACUGGUUUCGGGUCACAUCCCUGGCAGGUGGCCCUGAUCAAGUCUGGUUUCCUCACCAGAAAGCUCAGUUGCGGUGGUGCUCUGAUCUCCAAUAGAUGGGUGGUUACAGCUGCACAUUGUGUGGCCACCACCACCAAUUCCAAUAUGAAGAUUCGCCUGGGCGAAUGGGAUGUCCGGGCGCAGGAGGAGCGUCUCAACCACGAGGAGUAUGGCAUCGAGCGCAAGGAGGUGCAUCCCCACUAUAAUCCCGCCGACUUCAAGAACGAUGUGGCUUUGAUACGUCUGGACAGGAAUGUGGUUUACAAGCAGCACAUUAUCCCCGUGUGCUUGCCACCGCCGGCUACCAAACUCACUGGCAAGAUGGCCACCGUGGCGGGCUGGGGACGAACGCGUCAUGGUCAGAGCACUGUACCCUCCGUGCUCCAGGAGGUGGAUGUGGAGGUGAUCUCCAACGAUCGCUGUCAGCGCUGGUUCCGUGCGGCGGGCCGCCGAGAGGCCAUCCAUGAUGUGUUCCUGUGCGCCGGCUACAAGGAAGGCGGUCGAGACUCAUGCCAAGGCGACAGCGGCGGGCCGCUUACCCUGACCAUGGACGGUCGCAAGACGCUGAUCGGUCUCGUGUCCUGGGGCAUUGGAUGCGGGCGGGAGCACUUACCCGGCGUCUACACAAACAUUCAGCGCUUUGUGCCCUGGAUCAACAAGGUGAUGGCCAACGAUAAGGCGUAG